AGCACUACUACCAUCCUCUGCUGCUGCAUUUCUGUAGAAAGCAACUUAUUUUUUUUACCUUUUUUUUUUUUUAAAGGAAAACAAAAAGACCCCAGCAAGCAAAAACAUUUUAAAAAGUGAAUCUUUUCCCCCUAUUUAAGUGAUUUUUUUUUCUCCUUCCUUUCUACUUUUGGAGAAUGAACUUAACAUCCUGGCUUCUUUUGUUAAGCCAUAGAUGACCUUUAUCUGUGGUUAGUUGAUUAAAAUAAUAAAAAAUACUUUGUAAGAAGAGAUAUUUUUGAUAAUAGGACUGAUGUUGAAAAAUGAGGUAGGGGUUGGGACAAUUUAUAAAAAGGUAGAGAAAUAUAUUUUAGUGAACUAUAACCACAGGUCACAGAUUACUCCCAAUGAGCCGAUCUGUCUGGAUUCCCCCUGUCCCCCGACCCAGCCCUUUUCCCAGGGGCGGGAGUGGGCCCGAGGGCGCAGGGGGCGGGGAGCUCCUUUGCAUUUUGCACAAAGCACAAGUCUGGGCAGCCUGAGCUCUGGCCAGCACCAUUUUUAAGAGCUUUAAAUCAGAGGACCUAUCUAUUCUGGGCCAAUUUCCCUUUUUAUUUUAUUUUAUUUUUUUCUGAGAAAAAAAAGAAUCAACUAUGCAAUUGUAUACACUCCUGGGUGCAUAUGAAGAAGGGGAAUAAGUGUACUUACGUGUCCAGUAUUAAUUGGGGCUAUUUUUCUGCAUUUGGAUUUCUCUUCGGAGGUAUGUACCUGUAACCCACCCCGUGGAAUGUAAUCCCCACAUGUGAUCUAAGGCAGAUUCGGCUCUGUGUGUGUCUUGGUGGUGGUGGCGGGGGAGGGGGCAGUGGGGAUUCCUGUUUGCCACAUGUUGCUUCUACCCAAGGGGGAAAGUUGUCACCCUGUUUCCCCUUGGUAACAAAGCCACCACGACUGUCCUCUUUAUUGGAACUGCUUAUGGUUUAGAAAGAUUCCUUCUUCCUCAACAAACUUGAAAGUCACUUAUUUUCCAAAUCUGCUAGUCUGUUAAUUUAAUCAUUCUCUAUGGCUAUAAUUCUUAGGCUAUUAUUUGAAAAUAGACUGGUUUUAAGAAACCAAUGAAGUCAAAGGCUCCAGAGGAGGGGUAGCUUAUAUUCUGUCAGGGCCGGGACUCAUAUGAGAUGAGAUUCCCCUCAGGUACAAAACUUAAGCGGGCACUGAGAAACUCGGCAGUCAAAACAGAUGCUGUCUCAACGCAGUAUUGUUUUUAAUUAAUGCAAAAAUCCAUGAUGAACAAAAGACAAGAUUCCACAGGAUUGGGACUGGGGUGAGGGAAAUAAGGUUGAGCUGAGCAAGUCGGGGAUUGCAUCUUGUCUUUACGUACAAUUGUGAUAAUUUGUUCAUUGUGGGUGUUUUUUUUUUACAUUAGUUUUAAUUUUCAAAAAAUAUUGCAUUAAAGUAGUAUCUUGGUUACUGGGUUUUGGGGCACCCCUUCAGUUUUGUGCACUAAAUGGGUGCCUUGCUCACCUCACCCUGUUUCUGGGGUUAGAACACUGGUGAGACCAACAUGCACCCGAACAACAGGUGGCUCAAACUCACACCUUGACUUUGCACAGCUCCCUUCGCUUUCCCGUAGGCAUCCAUGUCUGUAUCAUAGGGUCCUGCCCUGGACCAGUAGGAGUGGAAACAGACCAGGGGUUUCCCAGAGAGUUAAACCAGGGAAGUUUUGAUUCUCCACUGGACUGCUGUGUUUGGAUUUGAUCUGUCAUUAGAUUCUAGGUAAUACUUUUUAAAAACAAGACAAUGAACAAAAAUGGAAACCUUGUGUCAUGUUUGUUUUUGUUUUGAUUUAUAAAUUAACCAAUCCUAAUUUCUUGUGACCUCUUUUCAAAUAAAAAAGGUGGAAAUUAUGGGGCGAGUAUGGUAAAAUAGGGCUUUAUUUAGGUCCUAUAGCUUUUUAUUAAGAAAUAAAUUAAUAUUUUUCUUAAUUUGGGAAGGUAACUAUUUAUUGAGACGUUAAAAACCAUCUCCAUUCUAGGGAUGAGGGAACCUGAGUGAGUGGAUGUUUUUCUAUAGGGAUGAGUAAGGUUUGUUUUGCUUGCUGCUUUGAGGGGGUCGUGUGGGAUACAGGGGUAAAGGAAUAAUGCCUGGGAAAUGAACUUGGGUUGGUUUGUGGUAUUUUGGGAAGAUGAGGGGGUAGAAGAGGCAAGCGCAUGCAAUCACUGUGUUGGGGAGAAGGGAGGAGAGUGGUACACGGUGUGAGCAAAAAUUCCUUAUCUUAGGGGAGGUCUGUGGGCGGGGUGGGGGUGGGGACCGACCCCGUCACCCUAGGUGAGGGAUGAUACCAUCUCUCAGGCUUCAAUAAGUGCACUUAGUUCCUUUAAUCCAGGGUGUUGGGGUACCCACCGAGCUGUUUGUUGGGAAGGGGAGAUUUGCCCCUUUUGACUUAAGACAGUGCUACCCCCCCACCCUAAUUCACCCCAGCCCUGAUGGAACACGUAUACCAUAGGAUAAGCCUCCAGAUACCUCCCUUGAUCUCUGCUGGUUUUAUUGAGGGUUAAAAGAUUUAACCAAAAGUUUUUCCCUCAUACUGGAUUCUAUCAUCAAAAUAAAAAUUGUAUUAAAUUUCUUUUUAAAGAUUCGAUCUCUUCGUGGAGUGGGAAUGGUGUUGCGUGCAGUGGUGCACGGGGCCGGAGGGGCCGCCUCCGUUGGCUGUGUGUCUUCUCAAGCAAAAGCGAAGCUCACAGACCAAUAAAACAAACACACAAGAGCUGUGACUUUGGUGCAUUUAGGAGGUCACACCGAGCUGGGGAGAAUGUGGCUGGAUCUGAGUGACUUCCGAGAACCCUUUACCACCCUUACUCAUCUCUAAAGAGCCAUAUGUCCAAAGUUCCAGUCACAAUGUUUUCUUUCCCAAUAAAAGAGCUUCAGAGAUGAUUGUCCCCGAGUUACUCAGACACUUCUGGACUCCGUGUCCUCCCCUUUCUCCAGGGAGUCAGUGCCCCAGACACAUAGCCACAGCUGAAAGGACAGAAUUAGGAGCCCCUUCCUGGCCUGGAUCAUCUGCACCCCAGGAUUUUCUAAUCUUUCCCUGGAGGCCUUUCGGCUGCAGACUCCGUGAGUCACUGGGCACUGUCUGCGCUUUGUGGAGCCCCAGUCUGCAGAGCACAUUGUGGUUCGCCCCCUGUACUUAAGCUGAUUGACAGAAUUUAUGAAGUCCCCCGUGCAGACACUCCCUAUGCCACAGCCCUUCACCGGCCUGGCGGUUGAGAUGGGGAACGGAAGCUGCCUGACAGCCACGGGGCUGACAGGCGUGGGGGUGGAAGGACUUUGGCCUCCUCCAGUGCAGCUAACUGCAUCUGUGACUCAUCUGUGAGCCACUCACCCCACCUCCUCCAGCCGCCCCUCCCGCAGGCUUCAGUCCUGGCACAAACCUGCAACCAGAGCAGGAUUCUGAAAAUAGAAAAAUCUAAUACAGCCCUUGCCUUUCCGCCCUUCCUGUCAGCCACUCAACCUCCACUGGGCGUAUGUGGGGUGGCGAUUGGGGGGUAGGGUCCUGUCACUCAAGCCUCAGCUGCUGCCCCCAUUGCGUUCCUGGUUGGAUGCCCAUCCGAAUCACCCACUGUUUUUUUCUGCUGCUUCCCUCCAAUUCCUUGAUGUUUUUUCUCUCUCUCUCUGCUGCUCCUAUACCUCGAAGUACUUAAAGAAUAAAAUAAGGCUCUUGAAUAGAGAGCGGCGGCGAGAAGCAAAGUGGAUCAUGAGAUGUUGAGGUGGUGCGCACCUCGUCCCGUGGCGGGCCUUGGGAGGUGUCCCCCGCCCCCAGACUGAGGCCCGUGGCACGCGGGUGGGGGCGGAAAUGCUCGAUAGCUUUUAGGACUUGGAGAAUCAGGAGAAUCGGGCGCAUGGGCCACCUUCGCAGCAGGUGUAAUGCCUCUCUGUUCCAGAGCGACUCCCUGUCUCGAUAUUUUCACUGUUUCCACAGUCUCAGCCAAGACAGGGGACUUGCUCAGCUGAGGCCGGAAGGGUGUGUGUGUGCUGGGGGUUGGAGAGACAGUGUCACUUGGAAAACUCGGGCCCCCACCUAAGGAUUGCUGCCUCUGUACAGACUCAAAAUCAAUAAAACAGCAGCCCUUUAACUCUCGCUUUCUAUUUUAUUUCCUGUCUUUUUCAUAUCUAAAUGGAGAUUUUCGCCUGUCACGGUCAGCUGCGGUCCCCUCACUUCCCCUCCUAGUGUCCCCCACCCUUCCACAUCUUGCUUCUUGGGUUGCAGGGAGGGGGGAGGAGUGGGGUUGUUGAGCUGAACAGAGGUUUCCAGCCCUCAGCUUUCAAAGUCCUGCACAUGAAUUAUUAAUUUGGAGAUCUGGUGUCUGUCUGGGUUGGAGCGAGGAACUAGGUACCUGGAGUGGGCUCCAGUUUCUCAUUGGUCGGGGUGUGUGUGUGAUGGAAUAAGUGGGGAGAUCUUUUGCUUGGGCCUCCCACCCCCGCCCCAGAAACUGGCACAUAAACAUACCGAUACUUGUGUCUGCAUCCUGGAGAGAUUUCAGUUUCUCUCCCUACUUUUCCACUGCGCCCUUCACAUGAAAUAUGUUUUAUGCUCUCUGGAGAAGGAUGUACAAACAACUGAUUCGACCCCCUCCCCAGUUCUUGGGUCUCCCCAGGCAAAAAAUCCCCUGAGGUCUAAUCUGCAUUUACUUCCCAACCGCUUUUGUUAGGUCUGUCAGGGGAGGCAGUAAGGAAGCCUUAAGUACCUUUGUGUUCUUCCCACUUCCUCCACCCACCUCCCCUCAAGAUAUAAAGAAACGGAGCUCCCCAGGGAAGCCACCACUGAGUCUAGAGAAGUGGCCCAAAUCCUUCUAGUUUCAUACUUGGUAUUACUGCCCCCCUCAGUCUCCAAUGCUCGUGAACUCGAAGAGAAUCGGAGCUGGGAGUGGGGUAAAGAAGGGAAUCUGGGUAUUUUUUCCCAGCUCCCCAUUUUUUUCUCACCUUUCUUAGGCUCCUCCACUUCCUCUCCACUUUCCCAAAAUUGUGUGUGUGCUCCUUUAAGGGGCUGGGCAUCCCUCCCGCCCUCUCCAGAGUCGGCUGAAGUUUCCCAAGGAGCCUCCUCCAGCUGGGCUGGACACACCUUUCAAAGCCCCCAAAUCGUGCUCCACGCACCUCACCUCGAAGGCUCCUUUCCCCUAAGUUUACCCGCUGCCCCUCUCCCUCACUGACCUCCUCUCAACAAGACCCAGCCUCUCCGCAAGGGGCUUGAGCAUCCUCGAAGUUUCCUACCCCUAACUGCUCCGUCCCCGGAUGGAGCCGGAGAAAUGUGGUGGGGGGGCCGGGGCCAGAGUUUCGACAUCGCCCCCCAGAAGGAGCAGCCAGAGAUGGGGCUCUCUGGACCGAAGUCUGUCCAGGAGGGCGGGAUUCCGGAGCCCAGGAGUCGUCAGCUUGGCAGUCGCCUGGCCUCUGGAUGCCUCCCAGGGGAGCAGACCCUAGCGUGGGCCCCCGGCGUGCGGAAGGGGCUGGAACCUGAAUUGCCAGGAACCCUGAUCUGCACCAACCUGAGGGUUACCUUCCAGCCCUGUGGAUGGCGGCGGAGUCAGGACACUCCCCUGAGCAGUGAAUAUGAUUUCGCCCUGGUCAACAUUGGGCGAUUAGAGGCUGUGAGUGGCCUAUCCCGGGUCCAGCUCCACCGUCCAGGGGCACUGCUUAAAUUCAUCCCCGAGGAGAUCCUGAUUCACGGCCGAGACUUCCGGCUGCUCAGAAUUGGUUUUGAGGCUGGAGGACUAGAGCCUCAAGCCUUUCAGGUGACCAUGGCCAUUGUCCAAGCCAGAGCUCAGAGCAGUCGAGCCCAACCGUACACAGGAAUAACCCUGAGCAAGGCUGGCCAGAGUUCUGGCUCCAGAAAGCCAUCCAUUCCCCUCUUGGAGACAUCAGAAGACUGGGAGACUGAGAGGAAAAAGCAGGGGGCCAGCUCCUGGAGGGUCAGCCUCGUCAAUGAGAGGUUCGACGUAGCCACCAGCCUCCCCCGUUACUUCUGGGUCCCUAACCGGACUCUGGACAGCGAAGUCAGGAGAGCAUUCAGCCACUUCCAUCAGGGUCGAGGGCCGGUCAGUGUGCGGGUCAGGGUAAUGGGUGUGCCUUGGAGGGUUACGGGAGGUCGGGGCUCAUCUGUGGAGGGAGGGGCUCCCGGCGGAGUCAGGGCCGGAGCGAGUUUUUCCCACAAUGAUCCUCGACUCACCUAUUCGAAGCGCCUGUGCUGGCAUCACCCUGGGGGCAGUGAUCUUCUCCGCUGUGGUGGCUUCUAUGCAGCCAGUGACCCUAACAAGGAGGACAUCAGAGCAGCUGAGUCGAUGCUCCAGGCCGGGCACGCCGACGUUGUCCUGGUGGACGCUGUGGAUGAGCUGCCUAGUCUUGCAGAUGUCCGACUUGCCCACUUGAGGCUGAGGGCCCUCUGCUUGCCUGAUUCAUCGGUAGCUGAGGAUAAAUGGCUCUCCGCCCUGGAAGGAACACGAUGGUUGGACUAUGUCAGGUCUUGUCUUCGAAAGGCCAGUGACAUCUCAGUCUUAGUGACAUCCAGGGUUCGCUCUGUAGUACUUCAAGAGCGCGGUGAUCGUGAUUUCAAUGGCCUCCUCUCUUCACUCGUCCAGCUGCUUUCAGCCCCUGAAGCCCGAACACUGCUUGGGUUCCAGUCACUAGUGCAGCGAGAGUGGGUGGCGGCUGGACAUCCCUUCCUGACCCGACUUGGGGGAACUAGGGUCAGUGAAAAGGCCCCAGUGUUCCUCCUCUUCCUCGACUGCGUCUGGCAGCUCCUCCAGCAGUUUCCAGCUGAGUUUGAAUUCUCUGAGUUUUUCCUUCUUGCCCUGCACGACAGUGUCAGGGUUCCUGACACCCUUACGUUCUUGAGAGACACUCCCUGGGAACGUGGGAAGCAGAGUGGACAGUUCAACUCCUAUACACAAGUCUACACCCCAGGGUACUCCCAGCCCGCAGCUGGGAACUCUGUUAACCCACAGCUGUCUGUCUGGGACUGGGAUUUACGCUACAGCAACGAACAGAUACUACAAUUCCACAACCUUGGUUAUGACCCGGAACAUUGCCCAGAUUCCUGGCUCCUCCCUAGACAGCAGUCAAGCUUCAUGGUUCCUGGACCCCCGAGUUCUGUGUGGCUCUUCUCUAGAGGGGCCUUGACCCCUCUGAAUCAGCUCUGUCCUUGGCGGGACAGCCCUUCCCUGCUGGCAGUCUCUUCUCGUUGGCUCCCUCGACCUGCUAUCUCCUCUGAAAGUCUGGCUGAUCAGGAGUGGGGGCUCCCCUCAUAUUGGGGAGCCUGCCCUUUACCCUCGGGGCUGCUGCUGCCUGGAUAUCUGGGACCCCAGAUCAGGCUCUGGAGACGCUGCUACCUGAGGGGGAGGCCUGAGGUCCAGAUGGGCCUCUCAGCUCCCACAAUCUCUGGCCUCCAAGAUGAGCUAUCCCAUCUUCAGGAGCUAUUAAGGAAAUGGACACCAAGAAUAUCUCCUGAAGAUCACUCCAAGAAUAGAGAUCCAAAUACCAUUCUCUCCCAAUCCCAUUGAAAUUGCUGACUCUCUCAUGGGCAGGGUAGAAGGCGGUCUGGGUGAGGGAGGGUUCUGACUAAUCCUUCAGCUUUCUCAUCUGGUCUUACUGCCUCGGCUUUCACACUCCAACCCGUAAACAAACUCACUGACCUGAGUUUCCAAUGAGGACUGGUGGUGCUAACCUCCAACUCUUGCUCAGUCCGAUUUGGUUCCUCAAGAUUACCUAUCUAGCUUAUUGCGAUUUGAAGAAUUAAGACACAAAAACAAAAAUAAUCCAGAAUAUGAUAACCUCUUUUUUGAAGGCAAUUCCAUCCCUUUUGGAUAUCCAGCUGAGAUCAGUGAGAUCAGAUUCUGUUCAUCAGUCCCGACCAGAUGGCCUACACACCUCACUCUCACCUCUUAAUGCUGAAUUCCAAUUUCUAUUUCCUCCAUUACAGCUUCCUAUGGCUAUGAAAUGUAACGGGAAACACCUUGUCUCUUCCAAUUGUAUGUUUUUGUAGUGACAUUUUUAUUUAAGGGGUCCAUUAAAGCACAGUAUUUAUACACA